AUGUCUGUCCCUGCCUUUGCUGAUAUCGCCAAGUCGGCCAACGACCUGCUCAACAAGGACUUCUACCACCUGUCCGCCGGCACCCUCGAGGUCAAGAGCAACACCCCCAACAAUGUCGCCUUCAAGGUCACCGGCAAGAACAGCCAUGAGGGUGCUACCACUGGCGCUAUGGAGGGCAAAUACACUGACAAGUCUCUCGGUACAUCACCAAAAAAACGCCCCAAGCUCAAGUCGAACCGUAGCGGCCGGAGCCACCUGUACCGGCCUCCGAGAUUGACCCUGUCUCGGAUCGGGGGUCCCAGCAGUCGCUGGCCCCCGUCGACGGUUAUUGACUUGCAACCCGGCUUGGCAACAGUGCUAAUGUUUUACCGUCGCACAGGCCUGACCCUCACCCAGACUUGGAACACCGCCAACGCGCUCGAGUCCAAGGUCGAGCUCGCCGACUCCCUCGCCAAGGGCCUCAAGGCCGAGGGUAUCUUCUCCUUCCUGCCCGCCUCCCAGGCCCGCGGCGCCAAGUUCAACCUGCACUUCAAGCAGUCCAACUUCCACGGCCGCGCCUUCUUCGACCUCCUGAAGGGCCCCACCGCCAACAUCGACGCCGUCGUCGGCCACGAGGGCUUCCUCGCCGGUGCCAGCGCCGGCUACGACGUCAACAAGGCUGCCGUCACUGGCUACAGCGCCGCCGUCGGCUACCAGGCCCCCACCUACACCGCCGCCGUUGCCGCCACCGACAACCUGAGCGUCUUCGCCGCCAGCUACUACCACAAGGUCAACACCCAGGUCGAGGCCGGUGCCAAGGCCACCUGGAACAGCAAGAGCGGCAACGCCGUCGGCCUCGAGGUCGCCAGCAAGUACCGCCUUGACCCCGUCUCCUUCGUCAAGGGCAAGAUCAACGACCGCGGUGUCGCUGCCGUUGCCUACAACGUCCUCCUCCGCGAGGGCGUCACCCUGGGCAUCGGCGCCUCCUUCGACACCCAGAAGCUCGACCAGGCCACCCACAAGGUCGGUGCCAGCUUCACCUUUGAGUCUUAG